CCACAGUCCACAGCCGUCGCCAGGACCAAGCGGACGCUGGGUUUCGUGGGAUUUCGUGCUGAGGUUUGUACAGUUCGGUUCAGGGCUUUGCAGUUGGCGCAAUCGGAUUCUUCUCGCAGCAACUCUGAUACCCCAAACAUCCUUAGAUCUACUCUUCUGUUAGCCAUAAUAUUACGACCGUCACGACCUUCGUAACCUGUCGCAUUGUGCUUUCCAUGGACCGUCACGCCAGCUCAACGGUUUUGUGACUUCUGAAACAGCCUGCAGGGGGCCUGUCCGCGGUGCCUCGAGAUGGAAGCAUUGUCACCCCGAUCAACCAACUUGCGAUUGAAACCAAAAGCCACCGUGAAUCCACCAAAGCCAGGACCGAGGGCGGCGCCUGCCGCGGCCGCUCAAAGGCCACCACCCCCGAAGCACCAUGCACCGCCCCCGCCGCCGGUUGUAACUGAGCCAGGAGAAGAUGCGGAGAGAUACGCCACGGGCGCGUUUCUGGGGAAGGGAGGUUUUGCGGUCUGCUAUGAAGGAAAGCUGCUGCGCAAUGGCCGGGUGUUUGCGAUGAAAGUGGUCAGGUCGGAGAUGGGCCAGAAGAAGAUGGAAGAGAAGUUCCGGACCGAACUCCAAAUCCAUUCGAAAAUGCGACAUCCGAAUAUCGUUCAGUUCCUUCGCGCAUUCCCCUUUGACAGAUGCACUUACGUGAUCCUGGAGUUGUGCCCCAAUGGAUCGGUCAUGGACAUGGUACGGAAAAGGAAAUGUAUAUCGGUACCGGAGGUCAGAAGGUUCAUGGUCCAGCUCUGCGGUGCGGUCAAAUACAUGCACAAGCGAAACGUCGCGCAUCGAGAUUUGAAGAUGGGGAACCUCUUUCUAGACAAGAAUAUGGACAUCAAGGUCGGUGAUUUCGGGUUAGCAGCGGUCAUCGUCUCCGAAAAGGACGAGAAACGGAGGAGGACACUGUGCGGAACACCAAACUAUAUCGCACCAGAGGUACUCGAUAGGAGCAAAGGAGGACACACGCAGAAAGUCGAUAUCUGGUCAUUGGGGGUUAUCUGCUUCGCAAUGUUAACAGGCUACCCUCCAUUUCAAUCUAAGACCCAAGAAGAAAUAUACAAGAAAGUGAGGAACCUCAGCUACGUCUGGCCCAAGGAUAACGAGUGUUUCAACCACAUACCCGAGGAGGCGAAAACCCUGGUUGCGACUUGUCUCAAUCUGGCAGAAGAGGAGCGACCCGAACCGGAUGAUAUUGUCGAGCAUCCUUUCUUCCACAUGUACAAUGGCUGCAUACCAGCCCAGCUCGAUCCUGCCUGUCGCUUGACGCGGCCCAUCUGGCUUGAGAACGAGAAUCCCCAGGGAGACUGUAUGACGACCGGCUACAGUUUGGCCUAUGAUGAGAAGUACAGAAGCAGAACAGCCUAUCUGGAUGAUCCUGCUCAGCGUUAUCUUGCCUGCAAAGAAGAAUUCUACGCAGAAUGCGGAGUGGGAAGGAAACCUGAUGGGUCCAUACGGAAGUCUGUGGGCAAGAAUUGCAACAAGACCGCUUAUUCGGAGUGCGCUUCGGAGGAUGAAAAGGGACUACAGCCUGUGAUUCCUUUGCCGGAGGACUUUGUCUACAAGUAUCCUCACAUCCCAGAUGGUGAUUGGAGUAUUCCCAAGCUGGGCGCCCAGGACGAGUCUCCGACGACGGAUAGCUUCGAGGAAGAAGAAGAUGACAGUCAAGAGAUGUUUGCUGCCUCCCUUAAAAGUAAUCCAGCAACUAUGGCCAGGACGCAGGCCGCUCUGGCAGCUGCGCAAAUGCGCCGAUUGGAUGCACAACCUCAAAGUCAUGCAGCAACCCUCCGCCAGCAAGCUCUACCCAUUCAUCCUUCUUCCAGGAAAGCUGCUACUCUUCGUGGCCUACCGUCGACGGCCACUCGGCCCAUGGGACCCCCCAGAAGGCCCGAUCCAGAUCCAGAUCUUCCCGUUCCUGCCCCUACAGGCGGGCUUUCAGACCGGCCAAUUCGUGCUCAGCGAGGAGUAGCUGCAUCAUACUCGGCUACCCUUCGUGACCUAGAUCGAAUAGUGGCACCCCCAAUGCCUAAAUCCUCCAGUGUUCCCUCUGGUCUAACUGUCGGCAAAACUCGAGCUCAAUCGAAGAGACAGAUCGAGGCUGCUGACCCUGACUUCGCCCCUGUUCCUCCUCCCUCCGCGCCUUCUCCUUCCAUCCGCUCUCCUUUUAUGCCUCCUUCGAUGCCUUCUCAUUCUCACCGUGCCCCAAGUCGAGGAUCGGACAGGGCACCAAGCCGGGGCUCAGACAGGGGCCCAGACAGGGGCCCAGCUCGAGAAGUCGAUACGGCACCACGCCGAGGGUCUGAGCCGACAGAAACACAUCCGCGGACAGAUAGAGAACGGCCAAGGGUCACCAGAUCUGCAUCACGAUCGGAGAUCAAACCUGUGCCUAAUACGAAAGAAAAUGAUAGGCCAAUGUCCCGCGAGGAAAGACAAGCCAUGGAGCGCCGUCCAUCGACCUCUGAGGAGGAAAACGCCAAUGCCAUAACGCAUGGCAGGAACAAGUCUUCAACGGGAGGCAAGCCGCGAUCGACACUGGGCAUUUAUCCUCUUAUGCAUCCGGAGGAAAAGCCCGAAUUGGUGCAUGGAUCCUCGCCUGAUGAUGUAGUGACAGAGAUCAGGCUCAUGCUCACCAAUCUGGUACCAUAUCCGUCAACUCGACGACGACCUCAACAGUCGGUGCGUCGCAGCCCGCAUGUGUACGUGCUCAAAUGGGUCGACUACACUAAUCGUUAUGGGAUUGGAUAUGUCCUAAAUGACGGUAGUGUUGGAUGUGUAUUCAAGGCCGAAAAUGGUCAACCGGCAACUGGCGUUGUGGUAAGAGAUGGCGAGAAACAUAUCCGCCGUAAGGUACGGUGUCUUGAAAGUCGGGAUGGAAGCUAUACCUAUUCCUAUGUGGACCAAUAUGUUCCCCAAGACGGAAGACCCAUUGAAUUCUACGAGAACUGCGAUUCCGGCCUGCGCGAACGUCGCGGUAUUCGAAGAGUAAUGGUACAGCCGUCAUUGUUCGAAGUUCACGGUUCAGGUAAAAACGGUGUCGGGUUUGCCGGUAUCAAGGCUCGAAUGGAUGCUGGUAUUGACUCUGCAAAGUGCGAUGCCGAGAAGGUCAAACGUGUCAAGCUUGUUGACCAGUUUGGAAAGUAUAUGAUAGGCUCAUUGGGUAGACACGGUGACGAAGGACUCUCAGAUGAUGAUCUUGCAUCGAGACCUAGUUCUGGUGACUACAUCAAAUUUUACCAGCGACUAGGUAAUGUCGGUGUGUGGGGGUUUGGUGACGGUGCUUUCCAGUUCAACUUUCCCGAUCACACUAAGCUCGUUAUCUCCCAUGGAAGAGGCCGAAACUCAUCUCCAUGGAUUGACUUCUAUCACCUGUCCCCCUCUGCGGCGCGCUAUCUCGCUUCCAAGGGGAAAAUGCAUCCGUCCGGAUUCGAUACUCGCGCUGCGGCUUCGGACGAGGCCGCAAUCCUGCUUGCUAUCGCAAGUACUCCGCCCACCAAUGCAGCAGAUGAGCGAAUCCGCGAGAUCCUCGAGGCAAAUGCGUUCAUACAGAAGAUAGACUUCAUCAGGCAGGUCCUGAAGGGCUGGAUCAAAUGGGGUCGACUUGGUGGAAGGCCGCCACCUCGACCGAUGCCAGAUGCCGAAGGUAACCCGCGUAACCGCUAUCCUGCCGAGAUUUUUUGGGAGGGUGUUCAAGAACGCUUAGCAUCUGGCGGUCACGGGGGCAAGUACGUGUGGGUGACAGUCGGGGCUCAAGGCGGAGAUGAGGAGUACGUAUCUGUUAGCUUGAACUCAGAGCCGGCAAAGGAUCCCAGGAGAAAGGAACCAUAAGGGUUAAAUCAGUCUGGAUACGGGUGUUCUAGGACAUAUGGCGGUUAGCGACAAGCUUGGCAGUGCCGGGCCACACCAGCUUUCGCCGUGAUGAACAGGGUUUUAUUUCAUGCAUCAGCAUCUUGAUGGCCAACAUUUGUCGGGCGUUUCUUUGGAAUAUGCGCUUCUGCCUUUAUCCUUCUUGUACAUAGCUCACGACUAUACCAGUGCAGGUUUAGCGGCCAGGAAACGGGAGUAAACUCAUAAUUGCAUCAAUCGCAACAUCUUGAUCCUAUUGCAUGAUUCA